ACUGGCCCGGACUUAUGUAUGGUCUGAAUCAUGUUGGGCGGAGACUGGCCGGACUUAUGUAUGGUCUGAAUCAUGUUGGGCGGAGACUGGCCGGACUUAUGUAUGGUCUGAAUCAUGUUGGGCGGAGACUGGCCGGACUUAUGUACGGUCUGAAUCAUGUUGGGCGGAGACUGGCCGGACUUAUGUAUGGUCUGAAUCAUGUUGGGCGGAGACUGGCCGGACUUAUGUAUGGUCUGAAUCAUGUUGGGCGGAGACUGGCCGGACUUAUGUAUGGUCUGAAUCAUGUUGGGCGGAGACUGGCCGGACUUAUGUAUGGUCUGAAUCAUGUUGGGCGGAACUUGGCCGGACUUAUGUAUGGUCUGAAUCAUGUUGGGCGGAGACUGGCCGGACUUAUGUAUGGUCUGAAUCAUGUUGGGCGGAGACUGGCCGGACUUAUGUAUGGUCUGAAUCAUGUUGGGCGGAGACUGGCCGGACUUAUGUAUGGUCUGAAUCAUGUUGGGCGGAGACUGGCCGGACUUUAUGUAUGGUCUGA